CUCUUCGCCCCUCACAAUCUCAUCGCCAUUUUUCAAGACUCGAAAAGUAGAGAGAGAUAGAGAUGGCCCGUGGGAAGAUCCAGAUCAAGAAAAUAGAGAACCAAACCAACAGGCAGGUGACUUACUCCAAGAGAAGAAAUGGGCUGUUCAAGAAAGCUCAUGAACUCACUGUUCUUUGCGAUGCUAGGGUUUCCAUCAUCAUGAUUUCCAGUACUCAGAAGCUUCAUGAGUACAUCAGCCCUUCCACCACGACAAAACAGGUGUUUGAUCAGUACCAGAAGGCUGUUGCAGUUGAUCUGUGGAGCUCACACUAUGAGAAAAUGCAAGAGCACUUGAAGAAACUCAAGGAUGUUAACAGGAACCUUAGGAGGGAGAUUAGGCAAAGGAUGGGAGAGAGCUUGAACGAUCUGGGCUACGAUCAAAUGGUCAAUCUUAUUGAAGAUAUGGAUAGCUCACUCAGGCUCAUUCGCGAAAGAAAGUACAAAGUCAUCGGCAACCAGAUCGAAACCAGCAAGAAGAAGUUGAGGAACGUCGAAGAAAUACACAGAAACCUCGUGCUUGAACUCGAUGCAAGACAAGAGGAUCCACACUACGGAUUAGUUGAACACGACGGGGACUAUAACUCAGUUCUUGGAUUCCCACACGGGCCCCCCCCCCCUGGCCUUCACGGCGGGCGAGCCGCCUCAGACCUCACCACGUUUGCGUUGCUCGAGUAGAAUUUAAUUUUCUAUCUCAUGAUUAUGUGGAAUAAAUGUUUGGUAGUACUUUUGUGUGGAGUUCGGACAACUUAUUAAUGGAGAACAUAUGUGCGUGUAUCUCCGUGCGAGAGUGUUAGAAAAA